CUCAUAUUCGGACAUUUUAGUUUAGUUGUUCAUUUACAUACAAUUAGUAUAGGUGGAGUUUUCAACGGUUAUGGAGUGGACUUUUUCCGUACCAUAUAAUUAAACUAUUGAAUUUUAUUCAUCAUACUCAUAUAAAACAAAUUAACAUAUUCAUUAUAAUUUAAUUACAUAAUUUUCAUACUAUUAGUUAGUAGCCCAUAUCUAUUUGCAUAAUAUUUCAACCUUAUAUACAAAAAUUAUUCCUGCACUUGAUUCUUGAUUAUAAUCAUUAAAUCUUUUUGGUAACUUUUCCCCCUUUGCUACCCUCCAUGACGGAUAUUGAUCAACCCUAUGAGGAUCCAAUUUUAAAAUUAACUCAUGAUCCAAAUUUAAAUAGAGAUAAAGAAAAAUCUAAUCUACUAACUUUACUAAUAAAUCAAUUUCCUUUAACUGAACGGAAAAUUAGUAGAUUAUGUCAAACAAGUGUUACAAUUUUACAAACUCUUGAAAAAUCAAAUUUAAUAUUUAAAAGUUGGGAAUUCUUAUCAUUAGAUUUUAGUAGUAAUGAUCAUUUUAAUCAUAAAGAUUUUAAAAUAAAAGAAUUUAAUUAUGGAAUUGCUGAUAAAGUUAUUAAUAAAUGUCAAGAAUUAAAUAUUAAAAUUAUGAAAAUAUCUUUAGAUAUUGAUCAUAUAACAAAAAGUUCAAAAACUUUAUCACCAAUUGAAUAUAUAUCUGAUAGUGGAACUUUAUUAACUUCAUUAUUAUUAAGAUGUAUAAAAUUAAAAAAUGAUAUAAGUUCAAAUUUAUCAACUUCAUAUCUGAAGGCAAGAUUAAUAUGUAUUGGUAAAGAACUUGAAACUUUAUUAUCUAGUAAUAAUGAUUCAAAAGAUGAUAAAACUUUAGAAUCUUAUAAAUCAUUUAUUAUUAGUUUAUUAAAACAAUUAAAUAAUGCUAUAGAUAAUAAUGAUAAUGAAGCAAAAUAUGAAUGUUUAGAAGUUAUAAAUGAUUUAGAACAAAUGUUUGAAGCUUAUAAACUUGAUAAAAUGAAAGAUUCUAUAAUUAAACAACAUCAACAACAACAUCAUGAAAAGGAUUUAUUACAAAUAAAACAUCAAGCUCAUGCUCAUGCUCAUGCUCAUACUCCAAGUUCACGACAAUCUGAUGAAGAUGAAGUGUUUUAUGAAGAUGAUGAUCUUUAUUCAGAAUUUGGUGGUAGUUCAAUGUAUACAUCAACAGUAUCACAAGCUCCAAUGGUUCAUUCAAUUACAAAACAUCAUAAUCAUGAAACAGAUGCUAGUACAGUAUCUUCUCCUCGUAGACGGGGAUCAUUUUCAUCCAUGUCUACUUCAGCAGCUCUUCAAAAAUCAACUAUUACUGAAGAAUUACCAUACUUAAUGUCGGCCUUUAAUUCAGCAAAAACUAUUGAAGAAGAUGUUAUACAUUUUAAAGAAAAGGGUAAAGAUGAAGAAUUAAAACAUCAUUCAACUAUACGAUCACCUUCAACCACCAGUACCAGCACCAGCACCAGCACCACCACCAAUUCUCAUAAAAAGGAAGAAAUUAAAAGUAAUUCUAAUUCAAAAUCAAACAUUAAGCAUAAACCAAUUUUCUCACAUAAGGCCAAUUUACCAGAUACUUCUUUGUAUACUCAAAAUACAGUUAUGCCUCAAUUACAAGGAUCAUUAACUUCAGCUUCUUCAUACAUUUAUGCCAAUACUUCAUUAUUAUCAAAAUUAGGAAUUAAACCUCAAGUAAUAACUACUAAUAUGACAAAUAAAGAAUUAACUGAUUCAAGUAAAAGUAAAAGUAAUCCAUUACAAAUAACUUCAGCUUCACAAGAAGAAAUUGAUGAACAUAAUAAAGAAAAUAAAACAAGAUUCAUUACUCCAUUAACUAAGGAGAAUUUGAAUACUCAUACAUUAUUAAAACUUAAUGAUGAAGUAGAUAAUGAAAUUGAUUAAGGGGAUAUUUACUUUUUAUUUACUUUACUUUACUUCAUUUUUAUUUACUUAUUUAUUUAUUUAUUUACUUAC